AAUCCUAUGCGCACAUGUUGCAGCAGGAAGAAGUGUGGCAGGAUACAAACAUAUGAGAUUCAGGGAGAGCUGUACACAUUACGUUCGUUUAGUAGUUUAUAUAAUUGUGUAUUUAACUUGUAUAUAAAGCGUACGUUAUGACAAAUCCGGGGAACUAUCCGCCUCCUGUAUUUGACUGUCCACCGCAGGCACCGGUAUUAAAAGUCUCUACAUUCCAGUGGGAUUCUUCAGAACCUAGUGCAUUUCAGGCUACACGUGAUUGGAACUGGUUCGAACCACAGGCUUCUUUUCCUCCACCACAACCACCGGGACCCUGGAACACCCACGGGCACGGUAACUGGCAUGCUGGUCCUUGGCAUCAGAACUUUGGACCGAACCGCCACCGAGGUUCGCAUCACAAGGCAGGAGGCCAGCAGUAUGGGCGCCAGGACUUUGGUGGGAAAAAGAAAAACAAGAAAGAGCCAGAGUUCAGUUUUUUCUGUGACACCUGUGACAGAGGCUUCAAGAAUCAGGAGAAAUAUGAUGAGCAUGUUUCACAGCAUGUGAAGUGCUCAGUGGCAGACUGCAGUUUCAUGGCGCAUGAAAAACUGGUGAAGAUUCACUGGAGGAAUAACCAUGCACCUGGAGCGAAAAGGAUCAAACUAGACACACCAGAAGAGAUCGCAAAAUGGAGGGAAGAGAGGCGAAGGAACUUCCCCACUCUGGCCAAUGUGGAGAAGAAAAUUAAGUUGAUGGAUGCAAAGGAGGAGAGAGGAGAAGUUUUAGAAACAGCCCAGUUUGGGCGGAUGAAAGGCCGAGGCAGAGGUCGUGGGGGUCACAGGAGAGGCGGUUUCCGUGGACGCGGAUGGGGUAGGGAUAACCGCUCUCAUUCCAAUUACAGCGGGGGCACUGAGGAGCAGCAGCACCAACCUGUCUCACAGCCUCCCAAAGAAGUAGAUCCACUGGGAGUGCUAGCCAACAGCGACCCAGACUCUGAGAAGGAGGAUGUAGGUGGUGGUUCCUCAGGACCAGUGUCAGUGGCCCCUAAGAACAUGUCGGGCGGCCUGGCCUCUCUAGUGACCAGCUAUGGCUCCAUGAGUGAGAGUGAGGGCGACCAGGAACCUGAGGUUGCUCCCAUUCUGAAGACCAGUCAAGUGUUGGAGGAGAAUAAAGCCAUGCUGAAGAGCCUCCCUGCUCCAAGCCAGGCACGUGCACCUUUCCAGGAGAGCAGUGUUCCCAUGGAGAAGGGCGUCCAUGGCAACCACCCCAGGGGGAGAGGGAGGCGACGUGGCCGGGGAGGACGCCAUCACAACGAUACCCCCCAACAGCGGCGACACACUCUGCUGGAAAUGUUGUUGGCUCCUGACAUUCGGCACGAGAGGAAUGUGAUUCUGCAGUGCGUGCGCUUCAUAGUCCGAAACGGUUUCUUUGGCUUGGAGGGCGAAGGUAAAGAUCUUAAGAUGACCCACAGAAAGCAAGGCACUGAGACAGGUGUGGAAAUCAAGUCACCAUCAGGGGACAUCAUUAAUGGAGAUUCGCAGGCAUCACAUGCAACAACUUCUCAGUCGCCACUCAAAGAUCUACCUCAAAAUGAGCAUCCCAUUCUUGAACAUCAGGCUAGCGUGAUUAACACCAGGAAGCCUGGGAUGACUGAAGGAAACAUCCCUGCUGGGGAGGAGUGUCACAUAUCAGAACAGCUUCGAAAUGGAGCAUCGAAGGAGAAGGCUAUUACACAGCUCGCACCUUCAGUGUAUGAGGAUAUUGUAUGGGAGAUGGAUGAUGUCGACAGCACUGGUGGAGACACACACUCCACAGACACACGUCAAGCUGGAUGGAAGGAGGGUGGAGGUCCAGCUGUUGGACGCAAGGAGGAGGCAAUGGAGCAGGAAGAGUCGUAGGUGUCGCUACAGGGCACUGGGCACAGUCAGGUGUGUGGGUCAGGGGGAAGCGUAGCAGUACCCCGUAUCCCAAGUGAUCAGUGAGAGGACCCGGUAUCAACACAGGAUCUUUGGCCUUAAGCUAACAACAGUGGAAAAGAACCUGAAAAUGGACACGCAGCCCGUUGGCUAAGUAUAUGAUGAUGACGUCUUGGAGAUGCCUUCAAUCAUAACAGAUGACGUAAAAAUGCCUGUCUUUUUUUCUUUUUUUUUU